AUGGGCGAGGUUUUGUGUAAGCAUGGGAGCCUAGUGGCAGUGGUGGUAGAUCCCUGUUCAUGUGUUUGUUAUACUGGGUCUUACAGGCUUCCUUGUGCGGGAGAUCUCGGCGUACACUAUCAAUUGAUCUGGAGGAUCAGGCUUAAGUAUAUCUCUGUAGGUAGGCAGAGUAGAUCGGGUACUUCUACCCAUUAGCCUUUGAGCUGGGGAGAAAGAGUGCCCAAAAGGUAGUGUAUUUGUAAUGAUGAGCAGUACCAGAUGGAUGUCAUGGGAUUUCUUCAGCAUGGGCUUGGCAUCUCUCUUUUUAGCUGCCUUGGCUUUACGGGUGGUGUGUUCAAAGCCAUAUAUUUGCGCAAAUUCCUUAUAUUUGUUUGAGGUGAACUGGGGACCAUAUGUCCGUGAGACAGUGCAGUGGUAUGCCAUAGCGAGCGAAAUGAGAUUUGGUAAGGUCUAUGAUGGUAGAGGACUGAGUGUUUGUCGGAGGGUCCGGCUCAUAGAAGUCACUCUAGUGGUCUGUGGUGAUUAA